UCCCAGUGUACGAUCAACUCUAUCCCGAGCUGUUUCAAUAUCCGAGGUCCUCAAAAAAUAUAUCAUUGCUUUCGAUAAAUUCCGUCGCAAAUUCCGAAUGAAAUCAUGAGGUGAAUGAUAAAUCUAGUUCAAUUGGGCAUUUACCGAAGAGAUACAAUGCCGUGCGAUAAUACGGGGACACGAGUCCGUGUGGACAGAUCAACGAGUCCACUACCUCAGAAGCAAUCGGAUCCUGUCCAGGAGCUGAAGGCUCUCUUCACCGAGCCCCCGAAGACAAGUGCAGUCACCAACGGGAGUAAACAGGAAGAUAAUCACACGAAAGCAGUUGAAUGUUUUCAAGUGGUAGUACCUGAAGAAGAGGAUAUACCUGAACGCGGAAGUUGGGGGAGUAAAAUUGAAUUUAUACUGUCGGUGGUGGGUCUUGCUAUCGGUCUGGGUAAUCUCUGGAGAUUUCCCUACCUCUGCUACAAGAAUGGCGGGGGUGCAUUCAUGGUGCCGUAUUUUAUUGCCCUCGCACUGGCGGGCAUACCAAUGUUCCUCAUGGAAUUGUCACUGGGACAGAUGAUGACCAUCGGAGGACUCGGGGUUUUUCAAAUCGCUCCGAUUUUCAAAGGAAUUGGAUAUGCCACGUGCGUUCUCUCAUGCUGGACAAAUAUUUAUUAUAUUAUUAUUCUGGCAUGGGCGCUGUUUUACUUUUUAGUCUCCCUAAGCUCAGACGUCCCCUGGAGGACGUGCAGCAAUUACUGGAACUCUGAGUACUGCAUAACACCCGCAGAGCGUCUGAAAGCGAAUUGCUGGUCAGAUUUAUUCCGCAACGUGACAGUGUGUCAAACAUCGAUUGGAAAUUACAGUACACUAGUCCUGACAGAUCCCGUCAAGGAAUACUGGGAGCGAAGAACUCUGCAGAUAUCCUCUGGGAUCGAGGAGAUAGGGGGCAUCCGGUGGGAGCUGGCAGGAACUUUAGCUAUCGUCUGGAUUAUGUGCUACUUCUGCAUCUGGAAAGGUGUCAAAUGGACAGGAAAAGUCGUGUACUUCACCGCUCUCUUCCCCUACGCCCUCCUCUUCUGCCUCCUCAUCAGGGGCCUCACUCUGCCAGGUGCUAUGGAGGGACUCAAGUACUAUGCCACCCCGAAUCUGUCGAAGCUAGGGGACCCUGAGGUGUGGAUUGACGCUGUCACCCAGAUAUUCUUCUCCUACGCCCUGGGACUCGGUGCUCUCGUGGCACUCGGCAGUUAUAAUAAAUUCAAAAAUAAUGUGUACAAAGAUGCCCUGGUCGUCUGCUGUGUGAACUCUGGAACCAGCAUGUUGAGUGGAGUUGUAAUUUUUUCAGUUGUUGGAUUUAUGGCACAUGAACAGCAGAAGCCAGUCGCCGAGGUGGCUGCCUCUGGACCUGGCCUCGCCUUCUUGGUGUAUCCCUCAGCAGUCCUUCAGCUUCCAGGAGCUCCUGUUUGGAGUUGUCUCUUCUUCCUGAUGUUGAUUCUCAUUGGACUCGACAGUCAGUUCUGCACAGUGGAAGGAUUCAUCACAGCAGCAGUGGACGAGUGGCCACGUCUCCUCAGGAAGCGCAAGGAAAUAUUCAUCGCCAUUGUGUGCUUUUUAUCGUACCUGAUCGGGCUUUCGUGUGUCACUGGAGGAGGAAUGUUCGUCUUCCAAUUAUUAGAUUCUUAUGCCGUCAGUGGAUUCUGCCUCUUAUUCCUCAUGUUCUUCGAGUGCAUCGCGGUCUCGUGGGCUUUUGGGGUGAAUAGAUUUUACGAUGGGAUAAAGGACAUGAUUGGGUACUAUCCCUGCUUCUGGUGGAAGAUCUGCUGGACUGUCACCACACCUGCCAUAUGCGUGGGAGUCUUCAUUUUCAAUAUAAUUAAAUUCGUCCCUGUGAAAUAUCUGGAUUAUGAAUUUCCCUGGUGGAGUCAUGUGGUAGGUUGGCUAGCAGGUCUCUCCUCGAUGAUGUGCAUACCUGCUUAUAUGAUUUACAUUUGGUUCGCAACCCCAGGAUCAUUUUCAGAGAGAUGGCGUAAAUUGGUUCGAAUAGACGAUGACGUGGCCACUCUGAGAGCAAAAUUAAAUCCAGUCAAAGCAGCAGCCAUCAAGGAAGAGUUCAAUCUGUAGUUCACACUGCCUUUAUCAU